ACCCUCCUACCGGCAGCCAGAUGGGGCUGGCUUAUAUGCGGAAGUUUCAGUUCCGCUCAGUCCAGUAAACUCCGAAACUGAGAGCAGACGGACUAAAGUCACGCUUCUCUCUCUCUGAACACCAGACCCGGCUUCACAAGGCAAGGUGAAUCAUGAGCAGCAACUACAGUGUCUCCCUGGCUGGCCCUGCCCCCUGGGGCUUCAGACUGCAAGGAGGGAAGGACUUCUGUCUGCCCCUCACCAUCUCACGGCUCACUGAUGGAGGCAAGGCAGCCAAAGCCAAGAUGAAUGUUGGAGACAUCAUUCUGUCCAUUAAUGGCAUUUCCACAGACAGCAUGAACCACCUAGAGGCCCAGAACAAGAUUAAGGCCUGCACAGGCCAGCUCAGCCUCACUCUACAGAGACCCUCCAGUGCCCCUAAAGAUGGAGUGCCUAAGGACGAACCUCAAGAAAUCAUUAAGCCUGUGCCAAUCACUCACCCUGCCCCAAGCACCACAUACACCAAGCCAUCAAGUCAGUCCAGUCCUGCAUACAACAAGACAGCCCGGCCUUUUGGGGGCGGCAGCGGUGUGGUCACAGCUUCUGCCUCCCCAGAUGCCCCCAAAGUAGCCACCAUUCCCUCCGCAUCAUCCGCUUUCACGCCUGCUGCCCCUUCUCAACCACCGCAGCCUCCAUUUCCACUGAAGUCGAGCCCCGCUGUCCCAGACUCCUCUCCGGCCAAAUCAGUUCCCAGACCCAGCCCUGGCCGCUCCACCUUCACCUCCACCUCUGCCUCUUCCUCCUCGUCUAACUCCUCCUCUCCAGCCAGAGUGACAGCCCCUUCCUCCCAACCUAAUGUCCCACAGCCCUCCGUCUAUAACACCCCCAUCAACCUCUAUUCCAACAACAAUGCUUGUGAGGUGGCUAUGGGACAGAGACGAGGUCUUUUGGAGAGCCAGGGGCUGUCAGAGCACUUCAAUGGGAAACCGGUUGAGGAGCCAGAGAAUCACGUGUCUCCACUGAGCGAUGCCAGCAAGAAGCGUCUGAUUGAGGACACGGAGGACUGGCACCCACGAACCGGCACCUCCCAGUCCCGCUCCUUCCGUAUCUUGGCCCAGCUCACCGGCACUGAAAAUGAGCAAGCUCAAGAGAACAGUGGAAAGAAUGAGGCAGUUGACAAAACCACUCCCACUGUGCACACCUCACCUGCAGCGAAAACAUAUUCCAAAUCUGCAGCUGCACCCAGGAACGGCAACGUCAUCCCUGCUUCCGCAGGGUUCAAGAGCCCGGCAGCCCAGAACAAGCCUUCCUUCCAGCCUGGAGGUCCAUCAGGAUUUCCAAAGGGUGGUGCAGCUCCUUCAUUUGGCAAAGUUGCCAAUCCUGCUCCCAAAGGACCAGACCGCCCAACUCCACAGCCGCAUCCACAGGACCUCAACUCUCUGGUGCAGCGGGCUGAGCACAUCCCAGCCGGCACGCGCACCCCGAUGUGCAGCAAGUGCAACAAUGUCAUCAGGGGCCCAUUCCUUGUGGCCAUGGGCAUGUCAUGGCACCCUGAGGAAUUCAACUGUGCUCACUGCCACUCCUCCCUGGCAGUCAACGGAUUUGUGGAGGAGAAAGGCCAGGUGUACUGCGAAUGCUGCUAUGAGCAGUUCUUCGCCCCCACCUGUGCCCGCUGCCACCAGAAGAUUCUGGGGGAGGUCAUGAAUGCCCUGAAACAGACCUGGCAUGUGUCCUGUUUCAUCUGUGUUGCCUGCCAACAGCCAAUCAGAGGCAACAUGUUUCACAUGGAGGAUGGACAGCCAUACUGUGAACAAGACUACUACAACCUGUUUGGGACUAACUGCCACGGCUGUGACUUUCCCAUUGAGGCGGGCGAUAAGUUCCUGGAGGCUCUAGGUUUCACCUGGCAUGACACCUGCUUUGUGUGUGCGGUCUGCUCUGCUAAUCUGGAAGGUCAGCCGUUUUUCUCCAAAAAAGACAAGGCUCUGUGCAAGAAGCAUGCCCACACUGUCAACAUCUGACCUGCCACCAUGAAUAUGAAUGGGAUAGGGCAACGGUGUCAGUUUACAGCAAUUUAAAUUUCAGUCAGAUGCUAAAUACUUUAAGAAUUAAAAGUUAUUUGAUUUAUCUGUUUCUGUUAGAAUAACAUUGGGUCAGAGGUUCCACUGUAAGCUUUAGUUUUGCUCUAAUAUUGUUUUAUAUAUAGUUUGUAUCAGUUCUAUAGAUCAUAAUAUGCAGGAGUACAUUUAAAUACACUGUUCGCCGCCCUGCCUGUUUAACAUCUGUGCAAGUGGAUAUUUAACACACAUGUGUUUGUGUAGAGCUUUUUUAUUUGUGCUGUGUGUUGAGCUCUUGAUGGGGCGUUUUUUUCCCUUCACACAGAACAGUGUAGUAGUACUGCAAUGACCUACUGAGCCCCUCAGGGGUCACAUACAGUAUUAGGAAAAAUAUUGAUGUGGAAAGAUAUGCUAUUAGUUAAGUGAAGUGGUUUAGUAAUUAUAAUUAUUUAACCUUAAGGGGAAGAAUUAUUUAUUUGUAAGCAAGGAUUGCUCAGUCAACAUGCAUUCUGGCAACAAAAAGACAUUGGCAUUUGGCCAUCAGAAUAAAAAUGGGAAAUUUUAAUUAUGUUAUUAUUUUUUAUUGUUUUAAAGCGAUGUGGUAUGCAGCCAUUCCCAGUAAUUGAAACCACAGAAAAGUAAUGUGUUCAGCAGUGUUUAAAUUAGAUACUGUACAGGUCAAGUUUCAUUGUUAAUACAUAAAAACUAUAUACAAGGAUUAAGUUCAGUCUGGUCAUUACUGAGAUAACUACAUAUAGCCUAGAUCAAGUGGUUAUGUUGUGUUUGUGUAUAUUUUGUAAUAUCUAUAGUUCAGGUGCCAAAUGGCUCAUGGUUAUGCUUCCAGUGAAUACCUACAUGAAACUGUGCUUCAUCUAACACAAAACAAUGUUAAUAUAUAUAUUUCGGUUUCCCUUUGUCUUGCACAAUUUGUUUGAAUAGAAAAAAACCCACAAAACUCUAUCUACUUGUGCAAUGGAUUCUCACUGGAUAAGCACCUCUCUCCUUACUUUCAUUUCAAAUAAAAGGGUUCAACAGUGAACACCAUAA